AUGAAGUUAGGAAUCGCCUCGGCAUGGCAAACCACAGCCAUCUUCUUCCUCCUCAGCGGCGCCGCCCAAGCCAGUCUGGGUGACCGACUCCCUGAAUUCAAGGCCUGCGUGAAAGUCUGCGAGAGUUCCAAUUGCGGCGACAAUGCUACUCCGAUACCUUUACACCGUCGGCUCCUCCUUUGGGACUGUCCCUCUGAAUGCGAUUAUACAUGCCAGCAUAUUAUAACUGAGCAACGGCUCGCGCGCGAUCCGCCCUACAUGCAACCCGUCACGCAAUUCCACGGAAAAUGGCCUUUUUACCGCCUCAUGGGUAUGCAGGAACCGUUUAGUGUCCUCUUCUCUCUGUUCAACUUCCUCGCGCACGACUGGGGCAUGUCGCAGCUGCGCGACAAGAUACCGGCAUCGUAUCCACUGCGGAAAUAUUAUCUCUGGUUUGGCUAUGUGGGCCUGGCUAGCUGGACUUUCAGCAUGAUAUUCCACACACGCGACUUUGGGUUGACGGAGAAGUUGGAUUAUUUUGCCGCGGGCGCGAAUGUGCUGUAUGGGCUUUAUUAUGCGCCUAUUCGUGUGUUUAGGUUGGACCGCAAGGAGCCCAGGAAACAGAGCUUGUUGAGGCUGUGGACGGGCCUUUGCAUCUUGUUGUACACACUGCAUGUGUUGUACCUUUCGCUGUGGUCCUGGGAUUACACCUACAACAUGGCCGCCAAUGUUGCCGUCGGCGUAGUGGCAAACUUGCUCUGGAGCGGGUUUAGCUACGUGCAGUACCAGAAGAUUGGACGGACGUGGGCUGUGUGGCCUGGUCUUUGCGUAGCCUGGAUCAUCAUGGCAAUGAGUCUCGAGUUAUUGGAUUUCCCACCGUGGAUGGGCAUGAUUGAUGCGCACAGUUUGUGGCAUCUGGGCACUGUGGUGCCAACGGUUUUAUGGUACAACUUCCUCGUUAGAGAUGCCCAAGAAGAUAUAGCAGGUACGCGCAAGGACGGAUGA